AUGGCGGCUCCGGUGAACAACGGUGAACUCAUCGCGAGGUUAAAUGAGUCACUUCGGGUCGCUUACGCCGCCGAAGAGAACUUCUGGAAGCAGCGAAGCCGAAAUUUAUGGCUGAGUUUGGGUGAUCGCAAUACCGGGUUCUUCCACGCGACAGCGAAAAGCAGAGCCACUGCAAACAACUUCGCCGUCAUUGAAGACGUGAAUGGAGUCCCGAAAUUUGAAGAGGAUCAAAUGGUUGAGGUGGUUGUCUCCUACUUCCAGAAGAUCUUCACGGCUGAGCAUUCCACUCGGCUCCCGAUUGUGGAAGAAGCCAUCUCACCCUCUGUUUCGACGGAGAUCAAUGAACAAUUGAUUGUAAUCCCUUCGCCGGAGGAAAUUAAGCGGGCGGUGUUUUCUAUUCAUGCCGACAAAGCCCCAGGCCCAGAUGGGUUCUCUGCGAGUUUUUUCCACUCAAAUUGGGACACGGUUGGACCCGAAAUUGUUACCGAAAUCCAAGAGUUCUUCUCUUCUGGUGUCCUGCCUCCAUCGUGCAAUGAAACGUUUAUCCGACUUAUUCCGAAGUGCUCAGGCCCCAAAAAGAUGUCGGAAUACAGACCGAUCGCUCUGUGCAACGUAUACUACAAAAUUAUAUCGAAAAUCCUCACCAAACGUCUGCAACCUCUGCUUCCUGAUCUCAUCUCUGAAAAUCAAUCAGCUUUUGUGGCGGGAAGAGCUAUCUCCGACAAUGUGCUGACAACGCAUGAAAUGCUUCACUUUCUCAAAACCUCUGAGGCCAAAGUUUACUGCUCCAUGGCGGUCAAAACCGACAUGAGCAAAGCUUAUGAUCGUUUGGAUUGGAACUUUAUCAGAGCCGUUCUUGUUAGGUUUGGGUUUCAUCACCGCUGGGUUGAAUGGGUAAUGCAAUCCAAGUUCUUUCCUUUGUGCUCUAAUGCUCAAGCUAAUGGAUCCCUCCAAGGCUUCAGAGCAGCUAGAGGUAGCCCAAGACUAAAUCAUCUGCUUUUUGCAGAUGAUACUAUGUUUUUUUGCAACACCAGCGAGUCAAACACAUUAACUCUCCUGGAUAUCCUCCAGAAAUAUGAAUCAGCCUCAAGGCAGGCCAUCAACCGAGAGAAAUCAUCUAUUAGCUUCUCACGGAAAACCCCGCCUCUCAUCAAAGACCGGGUUCAGAGAACCCUGCAAAUCUUCAAAGAAGGUGGAAUUGGCAAGUAUUUAGGCCUGCCUGAGCACUUUGGCCGCCGUAAAAAAGACUUGUUCACUGGGAUUGUUGAUAAGAUCAGACAAAAAUCUCUUAGUUGGUCAUCACGUUUCCUUUCUAGUGCAGGAAAAAUGGUUCUCCUGAAGAGUGUUCUCUCAGCUAUACCAAACUAUGCUAUGUCAUGCUUCAAGUUGCCAGGCUCCCUGUGCCACAGAAUCCAAUCAGCCCUUACCAGGUUCUGGUGGGAUGAUAAAAGAGGUAAAAAGAAGAUGUGUUGGAUCGCAUGGUCCAAACUGACUCGGGGUAAAGGCCAAGGAGGACUUGGUUUCAGGGACAUAUCCUGUUUUAAUGAUGCCCUUCUUGCCAAGCAAGGUUGGAGGAUCUUGACAAAACCUGAUUGCCUCCUUGCCCGGAUUCUGCUUGGUAAAUAUUGCAACGGCUCAAAUUUUCUAGACUGUGUUUGCCCUGCUUCGGCUUCCCAUGGGUGGAGAAGCCUUCUUAUAGGGCGUGACCUUCUUCGUGACCACUUGGGAUGGUCAAUUGGGAAUGGUAAAAGCGUCAAUGUCUGGUCGGAGGCUUGGCUCUCUUCAUCCUCCCAACUCUCCCCUGGAGGACCGGCCCCAAAAGACUCGCUGAACCUUAUGGUUUCUGACCUUCUGAACCCGACCACCAAUUCAUGGAAUACUCAGAAGGUCCAAGCUCAUAUUCCCUUGGUUAAAGACCUUGUCGUCCAGAUUAAGCCUAGCCUCCACAAUGCUGAUGACGUCCGUAUAUGGCUAAGGGACAAAUCUGGGGUUUACACCACAAAAUCGGGCUACUAUGUGGCUCUGGAGAAGUCAACUCAUUAUGUGGACGAACACCCCUUGGACUGGACCUCUGCAAUCUGGAACAUUUCCACGACUCCUAAGAUCAAAACCUUCUUGUGGAAAGCAAUGAGUGGAGCUCUGCCAGUUGGUGUAGCCCUGGCAAAACGAAUCCCGUCUAUUAACUUGGAGUGCACUAGAUGUCAUGCGCCGGAAACCCCUGAACACCUCCUUUUCCUCUGCCCUUUUGCCCAGGAAGUGUGGACACACGCCCCCUUUAAAUCGGCACCGUGGACCCUGGACGAUGAAGGAAUCGCGGCAAAAUGGAAUGAGGCGACCAAGGCAUCUUGUUUGGACUCUACGGAUAUCAACAAGGGCUCUCUUGCACCCUGGAUCUGCUGGAAUCUUUGGAAAGCCAGGAACAAGCUUAUCUUCAGCGAGAUCACCUUCUCAGUGGAGGAAGUUGUGCAGAAGGCCAUCUUGAAUGUAAAAGAAUGGCACAAGGAGACCCCGGAUAAAACCAAGGUUGCAAAACUGAUGGUGCUGGAGAGUACUCCGGACAGGCUGACGGAGACAAUAUGCCACACCGAUGCGGCAUGGAGGGAGGACGUUAGCAUGGCUGGUCUCGGAUGGACCCUGUCUCCCCAAAACGACCCUAGGACCCGACCCUUCUCCCAGGUGGAACUUUCCGUCUCUUCCCCUCUUGUAGCGGAGGGCCUCGCUUUGAGAGCUGCUUUGAGGCAUGCUCUUGGAGAAAAUAUAAUUUCAAUAUCGGUUUUAUCUGACUCCCAAUCCUUGAUCCGAGCUAUUUCUUCAGGUUCGAGCAUCUCGGAGAUCUACUCAAUUUGCGAGGACAUCAAGAUCCUUUCAGCUUGUUUCGAUCACAUCACUUUCAAGUGUAUCCCUAGGUCUCUUAAUUUAGCCGCUGAUGCUGCCGCUAAGUCGACCUUGUACGAGUACUCUGUUUCUGAUUAA